AUGACGGACAGGAUCACAGACCAGCAGGUCGCCGACCUGCAGGCGUUGCUCCUCAAGAGCGACGUCAUCACGGACAACAAGGUCAACGCCGUCAACGCCAUCAAGUCGGGCAUCAAGCAGCACAAUGUGCCGGAGACGUGCGUGCCCCAGCUAUUCGACGCCCUACGCUCCGCCUCGGUGUCGCAGCACGCCGCGCUCGCCAAUGCCGGCUUCGGUUCCCUCAACCACCUCCUCACGCGGCUGUCCCGCCAGGAGCCCAAGUUCGUCGCCAAGGAGGCCAUGCGCACCAUGCCCGUCGUCAUUGAGAAGCUCGGCGACCCCAAAGAUAAGCUGCGGACGCUGGCGACCCAGGCCAUGACGACGAUAUACACCAUUGCCCCCGCCGAGGUCGAACGCUCGGUGCGCAACACGGCCAUGUCCGGUAAGAACGCGAGGGCCAAGGAGGCGAGCAUGCAGUGGCUCGUCGUGAUGCACAAGGAGCAGGGGUUGCAGUUUAGGUCGUACGUCCCGCUCCUUAUGGAUCUCCUGGAAGAUGCCGACGGCAUGGUGAGGGACGUUGCCAAGACGACUGUCAUUGACCUCUUCAAGUCCGAACCGCCAUCGAGCAGGCCAUCGUCAAAGCUCUCGCCCGCCGGGGCGAGGCUCGAGGUCACCACGCCCGCCCUAACCACGAGCGUAUCGGCCUUCGCCGGCGCCGACCGCCCCAUCACCCCCAUGUUCGAGGGCAAGGCCGAGCCGGUGGAGCCCAGCUACGUCAACACCCAGCGCGAGCUCGAGGACAUAUUCCGCGAGAUGGGUUUCCACUUCGAAGGGAGGGAGACGGAGCAGAAUUGGCUCAAGAGAGAGGAGGGCGUGGGCAUGCUGCGCCGGCUGAUUGCGGGCAACGCGCCCUCCGACUUCCCCGACGCCUUCAUCACCGGCGCGCGCGCGCUCCUCGACGGCAUCAUCAAGGCCGUCACCUCGCUCCGGACGAGCUUGUCCAAGGAAGGCUGCGCCCUCGUCCAGGACAUUGCCAACGCCUUUGGCCCCCGCAUGGACCCCCUCGUCGAGAUCCUCAUGCAGACCCUCCUCAAGUUGUGCGGCUCGACCAAGAAGAUUGCCUCGCAGCUCGCCAACACCACCAUCGACAUCAUCCUCAGCAAGGUGACGUUUAGCAACCGUCUCCUGCAGCACAUUUGGGCCGCCAGCCAGGACAAGAACGUGCAGCCCCGCCUCUACGCCACCGGGUGGAUGGUCACCAUUAUGCUCCACGAGGCCCAGCACAAGGCCCAGAUCGAGCACUCGGGCGGCUUGGACCUGAUUGAGAAGUCGAUCAAGAAGGGCCUGGCCGACGCUAACCCGGGUGUUCGAGAAAAGGCGCGAGCGACGUAUUGGACCUUUUCCAAGAUUUGGCCAGCUCGAGCUGAAGUGAUCAUGGAUAAUCUCGAUCCGACUGCGCAGAAGCUGCUCCAAAAGGACUCCAACAACCCCAACUCCCCAAGAAGGCGGCAACGACAACGACGGCGGCAGCAACGGGACCUCGACCGGGCCUCGGACUGCGGCGCGAAAAACGUUCCCGCCAGGCCCGGCUCGGCCAUGUCGAGCUUCUCUCCGGUACGCAACGGCGCGCCCGCGCCCGCACCCGCGCCUACUAGCUCAGGCCCCAUCCAACCCCGUCAGCGCGCCGAGCAAACGCUUGCCGUGAACUCGGGCGGCAUGUCCGCGGCGCCCACGCGGCCUACUAGGAGACGGCCCGAGAUGGCUGCCCGGCCUGCCACCGCGGGGCCCUAUUCGGUCAGGUCGCACGGCCCGUCGGCGGAGGCCAACAGCCCCGAGACGACCAAGGCUGCCAAGCCCGCCGGGGAUCGAAGUCCUCAGCGACCACGACCUGGCCACGCCUCCCACGCUAGCGAAUCGAGCGUCCCCUCGCCCACCAAGGCAGCCUUUUCCAAGCCUUCGUCCCCGGCCAAGUCGACGUCGGUCAAGUCUACGCCUGUGAAGCUUAAGAAGACGCUGUCGAGUCCCGCAUCGACGUCGAGCUCGGCCCGGGCGGAAGAGCUCACGCUCGUCGUGCCCACGGUAAGCGGCAGCCUGCAGACGACGCCGCCCCGCGUGGCUCCUGCCAUGCCGAGCCCGAUCCCGGAGACACCUACCCGGACUAAGACCACGGUGGUGGCAGCAGCGGAGGAGGCGGCGGAAGAAGAUACUCCCACGACGACGCCCAAGGGCCCGUCGCCCCCGAAGGCGUUGCAGGUGUACGAAGAUCCGUUCGUCGAGGAUCAGGACACGCCCAAGCCGACGACGUCGUUUACCGGUACGGUUCUCGAGGACCGACCGGUCAACGAGAAUGCUGUGGCCGUGCCGCCGCCGCCCUCGGGCGACGCGCAAACCGAGGACGAGCCUCCUCCGUCGCCCGAGAAGUCGCGGCAGAACUCGCGUCUGCUGGAGAGCGGCAUCACGCGCGUCAAGGCCAAGUCUCUAGACGUGCACGGGUUCCGGAAGCUGCAGUCCAUGAUCCGCGACAACAAGGCGGCGUUUACGGGCGACAAGUUUGAAGCGCUUCUGCUAGGCUUGUUCGAGUACCUCCAGGACCCGCUGGAGAACACGCCGACGGAGAAGAUUGCCGACGUCAAGGCGCAGGUGUUGGCCACGAUCAAGCUGCUGCUCAAGAAGGAGCGGUUCAACUUCCAGCCGCACGUGUCGACGGGGCUGGAAGCGCUGCUCCGGGCGCGCAGCGCGUACGACUCGCGCACGUACAUUGUCAGCGGGCUGGAGCUGCUGGCGGAGGAGCUGGUGGCGCUGGGGGACGCGUCGGAGCUCGUCAUGACGCUGACGGCGCGGCUGGACGGCAGCAGCGACGCGGGGCCCGAAGGGUGCCGGACGCUGAGCAUGGGGAUGCACGCGCUGCGGCAGCUGCUGGAGAGGCGGGCCGGGUACGUGCCCUCGGACACGGAGCUGCAGAGGCUGGCGCGGCUGGAGAGCCGGUGCCUGGACUCGGUGGACUCGGGUGUGCGGCUGGACGCCGUGCAGCUGUGCGUGGCGACGCACGCGCGCGUCGGGGAGGGUCGGUUCUGGGAGGCGCUCAAGGGCGUCAAGGACGAUCCGAAGAAUUUGAUUACGUAUUACAUUGUUAAGAAGCAGCGGGAGCAAGCUGAAGAGGCUUAG